AUGUCUGUAUUGAGACAAUUAUAUUCAUUGAUUAUAUCAGAUAUAUGGACAACAAUAACAAGUCUACUAAUUGGUUAUUUGGUCUACUAUUUGGCAAAAUUUUAUUACCAAUACUAUAGUCUACCUCCCGGUCCAUUCCCAUUACCAUUGAUCGGCAAUUAUUUAAAUUUUAGAAGUAAACAUCAUUGGGAUUAUAUUAUGAGAAAAUUGGCCAAAAAAUAUGGUCCAAUAUUUACCGUAUAUUUGGGAAACAGUCCACAAAUUAUUGUUACCGAUCCGGUCAUAGCUAGAGAUGUAUUCAAUAAAUUAGAUUUUACGGGAAGGACUCAAGAAACAUUUUUAGUUAGAUUAAUAGGUGAUGGUGUCAUAAUGGCUGAUUACGGACCCAAUUGGGAAACGCGUAGAAAUGUUGUGCACGCGGCCGCUAAAAAAUAUUCAAACAAUGAACGAUUGGUUAACGUAGUCGUCGAUUGUGUCGAUAAAACAGUGGAAACAAUGUUGAAAACUAUUGGUCCAAACAAACCAAUAAAACCAUCAGAUUAUAUAUAUCUAACAUUUUUAAACAUUAUGGCUAAUAGUGCUUUCAAUGAAAAUUAUAAUAUCCAUGAUCAAGAAUUUCAAUUAAUCAAACAUGUAUUUAAAGAUAUAUUAAUCGAAACGGGAAUAUCAUUAUUUUUCUGGGAAUAUUCCAAACUAAUGAAAUGUUUAAACUAUAAAUUGAUUGAUAAAAUUGUAGAAAAUUUCCAUAAAAUUCGCGAACUAAUGAUUGAAAAACUAAAAAAUCAUUAUUUGGAUUACGAUCCGUGUAUUGAACGUGAUUUUUGCGAUACACUGAUUGCGGCUAAAAAUAAUGCACUGCUCCGGGAUGUGGGACAGGGAGAGGGAGUGGGAGAUAGCAAACAAUCUGUGGCUAAGUAUCUAACGGAUGAUAAGAUCGGUUUGACUGUAUUUGAUAUGUUAAUCGCCGGUACGGAUACAUCCUAUAAUACAUUUCAAUGGAUGCUAUUGUUUUUAGCCAAUGAUCUAAUGGUACAGAAAAAAUUACGUAAAGAAAUUUCCGAUAAAAUCGGUGACCGAUUGCCAACACUUGACGAUAGACAACGAUUGCAUUAUGUAAUGGCAUUCAUAUCGGAAUCACUAAGAUUUAGAAAUGUUUCUCCACUAGGAUUGGUUCAUAAGGCUAUAGUCGGCAGUAAAAUAGGUGAUUAUAUUAUACCGAAAAAUGUGAAAGUAUCUGUCUAUCAGGGAUUUAUAUUGAGAAACGAUAGCAACAAGUAUUGGACAAAUCCUAAUGACUUUAUACCCGAGCGCUUCCUCGACAGUGACAACCAUUAUAUGAUAAACCGUUUACAACAAACAGCUUACAUACCUUUCGGUGUCGGACGUCGUGUAUGUUUAGGCGAAAAGUUGGCCAUCGCUGACCUGUUCCUAGUUUUGACCCGAUUUCUACAGUCGACACAAAACUAUGACAUUGUUUUGGACAGUUAUCAGGGUUUUGAUGCCGAUCCUAAUAAUGGCGAUUCAAUUAGUCCCAGUAGUUAUACAAUUAUGUUUAAAUCAUAA